CUCUAUUCUACACUCAGGACUCCAGGCUCAGGGGGAGAGUAUAAGGGGACAAGCAAUAAAGCCAGAGAACGAUGACUUUGAAUGUGACCAUGCGUCGCAGCAACACCACGGCCAAUGUACAGCAGCGAUGGAGCAUCCCGGCUGAUGCAAAGAACAUUCACGCUCAGAAAAAGCAGCACUCUAACCUCACCCGCAAAUACACCGCCAAUAACACAAGCAUCAAUAACUCAGCGGAGUACUGCCGGAGAAGCUGGUCAUCUGACUCUUCCGACUCCGUCAUCUCUUCUGAGUCUGGGAGUACCUACUACCGGGUGGUGCUGAUUGGGGAGCAAGGAGUUGGGAAGUCUACUCUGGCUAAUAUAUUUGCAGGGGUGCCUGAUUCUGUGGAUGGUGACUGCGAUAUGUUAGCAGAAAACACUUAUGAAAGAAACUUGAUGGUGGACGGAGAAAGCGCAACUCUGAUUCUAAUCGAUAUGUGGGAAAAUAAGGCUCAAGACAACUGGAUCCGUGAGCAGUGCAUGCAGGUUGGAGAUGCCUACCUUAUUGUCUACUCCAUCACUGACAGAGCAAGCUUUGAGAAAGCCUCUGAGCUGCGCAUACAACUCCGUCGGGCGCGGCAGACAGAGGACAUCCCCAUUAUACUUGUGGGCAAUAAAAGCGACCUUGUCCGUUGCCGAGAGGUCUCUGUCUCAGAGGGCAGAGCAUGUGCUGUGGUGUUUGACUGCAAGUUCAUUGAGACAUCAGCAGCCGUCCAACACAACGUGAAGGAACUCUUUGAAGGGAUUGUUCGUCAGGUGCGUUUAAGGCGAGACAGCAAGGAGAAAAACGAGAGACGAUUGGCCUAUCAGAAGAGGAGAGAAAGUAUCCCCAAGAAAGCCAGGAGGUUCUGGGGCAAAAUAGUAGCCAAGAAAAACAAAAACAUGGCUUUUAAGCUAAAAUCCAAAUCUUGCCAUGACCUCUCUGUACUAUAAAUGAAGUCGGACUUCCCAACAAGAGCAAAAUAUGUUAAACUGAUGGGAAAUCAUUUAGCAAUUUUGCCAACCAAUAAUCAAUCUAUAUUAGAUUGGACAUGACCACAAUUUACUUGUGCUUUCUUCAGCCAUGGAUGCCACAACAGUCAACUUUGUGUUAUCUUCAGCCAUGAUACUCAGAUCUGCCAUUGCGCUGACUUUGUGAUCCGAGAGAUGCAAAACUUUUGUUUCCAUUUGGGGAUUUUGUAAGUUUUGAUCAUCUGGGAACGGAGAGAUCAGAGACAGGAACUAAAUUGCACUGAAGAAACUUGAUGUAUGGCUGUCAUGCUGUAUUCUCAUCAGUGGGAGAAACCAUCGAAUCAUCUGCUGCAGUUAUUUCCUCAUGUCAUAUUUAUAUUGCCUUAUUUUAUAGCAUCUGAUAACAAUUUUUACAUGCAACUCCAGUUUGUUGGGGGAGAAACUAUGCAAGCGACUUUUCCAUGAAGCUAACACAGGGAAGGCCAAUCGGAAUAUCUCCAGCUGAUAUAAAGACACACGGAGCUUCUUAGUGGCAACUACUUGUCAUGGCUACUAAACACCAGAUAAUACCCUGCCAUAGACAAUACUGAGAAUUAUCAGUAAAAGAUCAACAUCGUCUAUUUUAGUAGGCGCAGCAAGUAGCUGCUUCUAGUAGCUCUGUGUGUCUUCACCCUAAAGGUCACCAACAGUCAGAGAGCUUCCAACUGCCCGUGCCUUAUCUAACAAUAUCUUAUUCUAAUAUUAAUUAAUAGGAGUAAUACUAACAAUCACCAUACACGCCCAGUUUCCCAAAGUUCUUCUUCUUCUUGCUACACAGAAAAUAUUUUUGUUUAAAAAAUAUUUUUGAUCGCCUACUUCGAUAUUUUUUAUACUUGAUUUUUUUUGUCAAAAUCAAAAUGCUGUUUUUUUUUUUUACCUUAGAAAGAGAAUAGACUUAUUUGAAACUAUGGUAAUAAUACAACUGCCUUUUUGUAUGUUCUGUAUCUGUUCAUUUUUAGAAAAUGAAAUGGGCAAAUGGGGGCAAGAUUUGGGGAAUGUAAAAACUGCUGGAACUUGUCACCCAAAGUAGCCAGUCACCAGGAAGCAUCUAUUGGGCUCCCAGACCUGGAUCAAUUUUUUGCCAACACGCAUGAAUAAAAUAAUGAUGUGCCUUCUGGUAAACCUAUUAUAACAGGGUGUUUCCCCUUCUACUCAUGUGGCCCUGGAGGAAAACCAAUGGAAACAGUUUCCUCUUAAACGGCAAUUGCAGUCAUAUGGUACUGCUUGCUCCAUGCAUUAAACAUUAAGGCAUAUGGAUACAGUGGGAAGGUUUAGGCUUUCUGUGCAAGUAGGUGAUGGAUACAGGUAUAUGCUUUGUAAUGGGACAGGUCAAUAAGAAGGCAAAAUAAGAAAGAUGAUGAUACUUAUAGUACCGUUGAAGACAUGGAGGGUUAGGAUAGGAUAAGAUAGGAUAAGAUGUUGCUGCUGACUGGGGACUAAAAGAAGGAUGCUCCAGGGCUUCUAGGGGUGCCAGUGGCAACAGCUGCACUUUAUUGACCUCUGAUAAUUGAUUCUAUGGCAAAUACCCUCUGCCACCAGUUCCAGAAUAUGCACAAAGAUUCAUAAACCUGAUGUAUUCUUUAGCUUGGGAUAGAGAUAGCAAUGUGGCAACUAUAUAUUUAUUAUUUGGUUUCCUGUAAUAUUUCUAUUCAUUUCUAUUAGUUUUUUUUACCUGGUACAUCAUAAAAUGAAAAAUAAAGAUAAAUCAGACCGCA